AUGGCAGAAGCUAAAAUAACCGAACCAGGGGCUCCGCAGCCGAGUAUCAAUCUAUUUGGAAUACCAAUCAUUCAAACAAAAUGUCAAGGAGACUCUCUAUUCUAUGGAAUUUUAGGAGGUUUUGCAGGUGGAUUAACAACAUAUUUGUUCACAAGCCAGGCAAAAAACUCGAUGCAUACAGGAAUGAUAUGUUAUGUGGCAACAACACUUUGUUAUGCCUUUUAUUGUAUGAAGCAAUUUCGAGAAACGCAGAAACAAAUGAGGCUCGUAAAACAAAUGAUGUAUGAAGCAAGUUUAAAGCAAUCUGCAGAAACUGAUACAUUAGUAACAUAUAAACCUGAAAAAAUUUAA